AUGGAAGCACCGGAAUCGAAUUGUGAGCUCAGUGGUCAAACCCACCGUGAGAACGUUGACCAAUCCCCAAUGGGAACUCAUGAAGGGAAUAUUCAUGACAUCGGUAACAGCAUUGUCGCGUCGCUCAAGUAUGAGCAUGCACAGACCGGUCAAAAAUUCACAAUUCCUAUUCUUGCCAAAGGCUAUCUUCACGUGGGAAGAGAGACGAAAUGUGAUUUUUCCAUUGACAGUGUGAUUGUUUCCAAGCAACACUUUCGUAUCUACACCAUUAUAUAUGAUACGGACGAGCUGGAUAAAUACCCACCUUCAAUCUACUGCGAAGACCUUGAGUCCAGGAAUGGUACUUAUGUGAACAAUGUAUUGAUUGGUAUCGUCGGCAAUGAAAGAAUUGGACGUCUUCUUGUUGACGGUGAUUUGAUUGAGAUCCGACCCGAUUGGAAGUUUCGAUUUCACCAACGAAGAUCAAGAAAAACAUCGCGUGAGCCUUUGCCUGAUAUCGAAAUGAAGUAUUUUAAAGAUAGAUACACCAUUUCCAGCCAUGUUCUUGGUAGCGGUAUUGCUGGAGAAGUCUUUCUUGCCAAUAAUGUUGGCAGCUCGAAGCAGUUAGCAUGUAAAGUAAUCAAAAUAAGCCCCGCAAGACGUGCGAACCCCAGCUCCCAUGGUUCUACAGGAUCAGGUCAGCAAUAUGAUACCGAUUUGGCGAGGAAAUCACAUCUACGAGAAGUUGACAUACUGUCUAAACUUAAUCAUCCAAAUAUUAUCCGCAUUGAGAGGGCCUUCCUUUCCAACGACAGGCUUUACAUCUUUACAGAGCUUGCUGCGGCAGGAGACCUAUACACAUACUUCGAUUCUUGUGGUAACAGGCUUGAAGACGCCCAUGCUCGCCUCAUUACGCGACAAAUAGCUCUGGCUCUGGAAUAUCUCCACUCGAAAGGGAUCGCACAUAGAGAUAUUAAAAUGGAAAACAUUCUCAUUACAAAUACUGAUAUCGGCUCUCGAGUUAUCCUCACAGAUUUUGGUCUUGCCAAUUAUACGGACAAAACAACCGGCAGACUCUUCUCUUCGGUAGGGACAGAUGGUUACAUUGCACCCGAAAUCAUGGGUUCUAAUAUAAGCCGUGGCUAUACGACAGCUGCAGACAUGUGGUCGUUUGGAAUAUUGACAUGGAAUCUGCUCACUGGCGAAAUCUGGAUUUCCCGAGGCCGAUCAUCCCAGCUGGAAAAAAUUCAAGCUGCGGAAAAGUUUCUUUCGUCCAAUGAAAAAGAGGUAGCAAGCAAGUGGUCUUAUAUUCAUCGGAGAGCUCGAUCAUUCCUGCGCGGUCUUCUGGCUAGUGAUGCAAGUCAGCGUAUGACUGCUGUGCAAACAGUAAACCAUCCAUGGUACAAGAAACCUCCCGUUUCCGACGCGAUAGAGCAGGCAUAUCAGCGAGUUACAAGGUUCUGGAAACCACGAGAUGACGACGAUAUUCUCGAAUACCUGCCUGGAUAUACCGUACCUACAACAGAGGUUACAAGCUCAGGUCGUCGAAAGCGCUUGCCUGAUGCUUCUUCGUCGCCCUACUUCAAUCUUGACCGUCAUCUACAAUCAAGAUCUCCACAAACGGCGAAACGCAGACGUAUGCUUGAUGAUCUUAAAGAAACUGGAGGAACCUUCGUGGAUUCAGAGUCACAACAGAAUGAACCUAAAGAUAGUCGCAAGAGCAAGAAUCAUAUUCCAGUGAAAUCGGUUACUGGGAUUGAUUUGUUCGGAAACUCCACAGUUUCAACGAACAGACAAACGAGAAACAGUAAUAAGCCCAGUUAUGAGAGGCCAUCUUCUAAAGAUAAUUUGAGUGGAUUGAGAGCAAGCCAAAAAGUGAUAAAAGAUUCGCAAAGUCAUCUUUCAUCCUCUAAGAGAGCUGGUGACGCUCAUUUAACCGCCUCGAAUGACGUAAGAGUCAGAAAAGAAACAAACCCGGUCAAUCAAGAAAUCCACGAUACUGCCUCACAGCGUGUAUCGAAGUUUUGUUCGGCCAAGGCUUUCAAGGAUGAGAUCAAUAUUGUCAGAAAAGAGAGAUUUAUGGAAGCUUGA